AUUUAUACACAUGUAGGUCAAUGAAAAAAAUGGCUUAGCAGAUCGUAUGUGCCGUGGCAAGAAAUAAUUUUUAAUUUAAAUGGCCUUCAGUGAUUUAUGUCACAUAAGUAAUGCGUAUAAAGCCGUCGAAAAUGAAACAGAUCAGUCGGAGCGCAUUAUGGAAGAAAACUCAAUGGUCCGAGAUCUCAUCACAAAGAUCCUUGAUGAGACCGGACCCUCAGAAGGGAGCAGCUCUAUACAACCACAGGAAAAAACGCUAAGUACAGCUACAGGUGCACAAUAUUCUAAAAAUGAGCCUACAACAUCUUUUAUACCACCCUCAUAUAACUUCCAAGAUCCAUUUAACUUCGCUCAAAAUGCACAGACUGAACAACAUGGCUUCAACUACAACACACAAAAUGGGUUUGGAAAUGGUUAUGUUAACUACCCGGAAGAACAGCUUCUCAUGGACCCUGUGGGGGAGCCAGAAGUGUCACAAGAACAGCUGAAUUUACUAAGGUUAGCAGCUCAAGAAAUUGGCGGUGCACAGUUUACCAGCCCUAACAAAUAUGAUGAUAAAUACUAUAAUUUCUUUGAACCAAACCAAAGGAAUUCCCUGCCAGAAACAAAUAUGUACAGUAACAACUUUAGACCAAACAGUCUCAAUUUAGAUAAUAAUUUCACAAACAUGGACUACGCUCAAAGGUACCCCAAUAAAUUUGACAAUUAUGCCAAAGAGCAGAACCCAGAGCCUGCAGACCUACUAGCUUAUUUAAACCAGCUAAACAUAAACGUCACAUUAGACCGCUCACCAGACGUACCAAUGGACUUUAAAGGACAAAUGGAAAAUGGGCACUAUCAUAAUGAGGAAUUCAAUAAAAUGCAAGAUGAAAGAAAUAAGAUGUUGUUCAAUAGAAACUUCCAGCAACCACCGAAAUUUAACGGAGAAAACAAUUUCUACUUAAACGAAAUGAUGAAGCAGAUGGGUGACCGCCCGCCACAGAACUUUGAUUUUCAGAACACACCACCAAAUUAUAAGCCUAAUGGGUUUCAUCAAAACGAUUACAUGCAGAGGCAGAACCAGAUGAUGCCUAGAGAGAAUUUUCAGGGCAAUAUGGAUCAGAGGGGAAACUUUGAAGGCCAGAACAAUGCACAACAGGCCAUGAUGAGGCAGCAGGAGCUGGCUCGGCAGAUGAAUAUACUCAUGAGGAACCGGCCGCCUCCUAACCAAUUAAAUGUAGACGUGUCUUUCUUGCACGAAAACACACCUUUUAAUCUUGGUUUAGGCGCGUUGCUGGGGCCUAGUCCUCCUGUGCCACCCCCAGUGUUGCCAUCACCAAUGAUGGAUUUGCCUCUUCUAGCACCAUUCUACGCUAUGAGGAACAUCAGAGGCUGUGCAACAUCGUCGGGCAUCCUGCACGCGCGGCUGGACGCGUGCUACGAGCAGUGGCGGCAGCUGGAGCGCGAGCGCAAGCGCACCGAGGCGCGCCUGGCGCUGGCCUACCCUGGUCGUGCCGUCUCCUCCUCCAACUCCAUCCCUGUGCCGCGCCUGCCGCCCUGCCCCACCAGGGUCGACCGGCUCACGGUCGACAUGCUGAGGGAGCAUACUAAGGUACUAACCCUAAUGGGUAAGAUGGAGACGCUGCGAGCGAGUGUGUGCGUGGCGCAGCACAAGAAGGCCAAGGAGGACGCCAAGAUCACGGUGCUGAAGCGCGGCCAGGACCAGCCCGAGCCCUCGCACGUGGACCCCGACUCCUUCCAGCCCGCCUCGUGGAGGGAUGACGUCAAGAAUCUCUCAGAAAUCGCGCCGCACAGCGAGGUGGAGAGCGCCAUGCUGGCGUGGCGCAGCGCCGUGGCCGCCGUGCAGGCCGCGCGCCGCCGCGAGCUCGCGCAGCCGCGCUACGUCCGCACCGACCCUAUCCUUCAACUGGCGGAGGCGGUGAAGCAGCUGGGCUGUAGCGCGCGGCGGGCACGCUGCGCCAUGUGGUGCGACCUCACGCUCACUGUUGCGCUCGCCCCGGGGCCUGCCACCCCGCCCACCCCCGCCGGCCCCCCCAGCACCGCCAAGGUAAGCCAUGUGGUCGACCUCACGCUCACCGUCGCGCUCGCCCCGGGGCCUGCCACCCCGCCCACCCCCGCCGGCCCCCCCAGCACCGCCAAGGUAAGCCAUGUGGUCGACCUCACGCUCACCGUCGCGCUCGCCCCGGGGCCUGCCACCCCGCCCACCCCCGCCGGCCCCCCCAGCACCGCCAAGGUAAGCCAUGUGGUCGACCUCACGCUCACCGUCGCGCUCGCCCCGGGGCCUGCCACCCCGCCCACCCCCGCCGGCCCCCCCAGCACCGCCAAGGUAAGCCAUGUGGUCGACCUCACGCUCACCGUCGCGCUCGCCCCGGGGCCUGCCACCCCCGCCCACCCCCGCCGGCCCCCCCCAGCACCGCCAAGCACCGCCAAGGUAAGCCAUGUGGUCGACCUCACGCUCACCGUCGCGCUCGCCCCGGGGUCUGCCACCCCGCCCACCCCCGCCGGCCCCCCCAGCACCGCCAAGGUAAGCCAUGUGGUCGACCUCACGCUCACCGUCGCGCUCGCCCCGGGGCCUGCCACCCCGCCCACCCCCGCCGGCCCCCCCAGCACCGCCAAGGUAAGCCAUGUGGUCGACCUCACGCUCACCGUCGCGCUCGCCCCGGGGUCUGCCACCCCGCCCACCCCCGCCGGCCCCCCCAGCACCGCCAAGGUAAGCCAUGUGGUCGACCUCACGCUCACCGUCGCGCUCGCUCCGGGGCGAGCCAUGCCAAAUAUCUCGACGACAAUGAAUUUUGAAAGCGAGAAGCAGCCGCAGCCUCAGCCGCCGUCGCCGAAGGCGCCCCCUGAAGCCGCGAAAGCCCCAGCACAGAACAACCCCAAACCGGCUGCCUCGGACGUUAAAGAUGAGAAACCCAACGAUGUGUCAACAGCGAAAACGGACACGAAGCCCGAAGCGAACAACAACAAGACGAGCACCACCAACAAGCAGGCGGAGAAGGACAAGACCCAGCGCAAAACGCACAACUACAGGCACAAGCUCAACCAGGGCCGCCACGACUUCUACCAGAAAAACCAGAGGUACGACACCCGGUUCAUGCAGAACCGACACCCAUACUACUUGGCCACCGGCCCUAUCAACUAGGCAAACAUAUAUCAACAGUGUAUGUCCAGAAACGAUAUAGUACAACAUGUAAGUUAAUUGAGAGUUGAACAUGUAGUAACCUGUAGAAAUUGCCUGCUAAGUAUGAAACUAGCAAGCCCGUGUUCGGCUACUCAAUGGUAGUAUAAAAAAUCUCGAAAAAUACUAUUUACUGUAAAAAGUUGGCAAAGUUUAUGAAAUGAUAUCCAUCGAGUAGUAAGUAUUGGAGUUGUAUACAAUUUGUUACAUAUCAGGUCUUAAAACAUGUGUAAUAAUCGUAUCAGUGUUGUUUAAUUGAUUUGCCAACUUUUUAUAAUAAUUAAUCACACAACAAUCACUUACUUUUUACAGUUUUAAUACUCCUUAUAACCCCCCUACAUGAUCUGUAUUUUAAAAGUAUUACAAAUCUGCAUUUGUGUAACAAGAAAUCUAUCUUGCUUUGAUGUUACAAAAACAAUGACUUUAUUGAUAAUCAAUGACUGAAAUGACAGAUUACAUAUUAAAAUUCAAGUCUACUCGACUACCAGUCCCUACUGGAAGUUAUUGAUGAAUAUUCGGGGAAUCAUUUCAUCGACUGCAUUUUUUUGUUUAUUUGGAAGCUGUUCAGUGCAUGUUUGAUUUCAUGCUAUUAUAGUUUGCACUCAUAUCAAACUUACAUAGGUAAUAAAUCUGAUACCAACAUCUGUUUACGAUAAAUAGUGCAGUAUAUGUGCAGUAAUAUUAGAAGUCUUUUUCGAUGGUUUCAUGCUGUAACCCGAGUCUAUCUAUCCUUCAGGGAAAUAAGAACGAAAUAGGUUGCAUGACGAAGAAAUCCCAUAAAACCCUUAUGAGGACACAUGAUUUUGGAGCAGAUAUAUCACCUCUGACUUUUAGAGUAGAGAGAAAGGGUAGAAAGCCUCCCGAUAAUCUCAAUCUUACAAAGGCAAAUAUUGGCGAAUACUUAAUUUAAAAAAAAGCAAUAUUAACUGCUCAGUUCGGUCAUUGACUCAAUGCCUGAAGCCACACAAAACAUCUGAAUUUUAUAAUAUUUACCGCUAAUUAUCUAAUAUUAAAUUUGCUUAAGCUUGUCCAUUUAUAAGUAAACGCUAUUUUUAAAUUUUAUGCCACAUAAAUUACUUUUGAUAAUGUAUACUGUUUGGCUUCGGGAAAUCCAGUCAUUUAAGAGUAACAAAAGGUUUUAUAAAGCAUUUCUAUCUAUGAACCGGAAUACCAAAAAAGUACAUUUGGAGAUAGCCUGUCGCCGUGAAGGCAGGAGCAUAUCCACCUGAAAUUAAGUAUUUUAAUAACUUUAAGGGCUACUUCAAAAAAGGGCCAGAGGCAAUCGAAAAUGUAUCAUAUCAACAAUAAAUUAUUAACUUAUAUAUGAGCGAAUGCACUUUUAUUAUGAAAUAAUGCAUUUAUAGAACGUGAAUUCGCGACACUUACACAGGUAUAACUGAGACCACGAUUAAUUGUUAUGAAGUAUACUGUUAUAAAUAGAUGUGUGUAGGGUUAGUUUUUAAUGCCAGUAACCUACCUUGCAUAUUUGUAACUAAUUCAGUUCGCUGAAGGAAUACUUUCUAGCAAGUAGAAAUAACGAAUUAAUCCUGCGCUGAAAAAUAACAUCGGCAAAACAACAAUUGUAUGGGUGAUGAGCAUAAUCAAAACAGGUGUAGAAAAUAAUUUUAUUGCUAGUCAGAACACCCAUGAAAGUUCGAUAUCAAUAUAAUAAGGUUCUGUAAAACUAAUAACCAGGAGAUAUUCGUACUGAGAUACGAUUGUUUAAAAGACGAUGGUUAGUCAGCAAAAUAGAGUACAUUUGCCAUUAAGUAUUCUGAAGUGAACUUAUAACCAUGCUUGGCUGGGGAUCGAAGUAUUAUCUCUGUCUAUUCUAACGAAGGCGAUUGGCUAAAAUUAAUUCUUGCCAAAUUAUUCGUUUGGUGUGAGCGAGAAUCAAGCCAACUGAUAUAACUCUAAAACGAUAUUCUAAAUACAUCGAUACAUAGAUUAUAAAUACCUAGUAAUUAUAUUUCAAUACAUCUACACAGUUUGAGGCAUACUCCUUUAAGUUGUUACCUAAUAGGUUCGUGAUAGUUUCUCGAUUACAAUAUUUGAUCGUUUUACUAUUUUAAGCGAUAAUCGAUUUCGAUAGCUUAGUUUAAGGCAAGAAAGGCAUCUAAUUUCUCGGUUUGUAAGAAUAUUUUUGAGCACAAAACUCUAGUCAUCCAAGGGUAACAGGAAUUGAGUAAACUUGAUAAGAUCAGAGUAUUGAUAGACUUGUAAAGUGUGAGGUCAUCCCCAUUCACAGAGACUGAUAGACCAUUAACCAAAUAAAAGGCAUUUCCAAACGUUUUCGCUCACACCAACGCAGAAAGAGAAGUAUAAUAAAAUGUGAUGUUUCUACUUUGAUAACUAGUUGACACUAUUUUAAUAUAUCACGUUUCGUGCAAAUAAACAAAAUAUAUGAAGUUGUAAACUGUUAGAGUGUAAGUGUACCAAUUUAUAUUUAUUUAAUGUAUUUGAUUUAUACGGUGUGUAGUAUUAGGCUUAGUACGGCAGGGUAUGGAGUUAUACCCUAAGUAGUUUGAAAUAGUUUGGGACCGCUUCUUUAGAUGGGUCGGCUAGUUUUCGUCAAUUGUUAAUUUUAACUUGUUCUGUGACGAUCGUUCGCGAAUGUUAUCGCGAUGUGUUACAGUGCUAUUUCGUAUUGUGUUCUUAGAAAUUUCUUACCGCCAAAAUGAAGUAAGAUGAAUAUAGUUAGUUCCUCACUUUAGCUUAGUUAAAUUUUUGUAGUCAAUUUGCUCUGAAAAUCUUACGUAAUUAUAAAAGGGUUAGACGAAAUAUCUGUACCUACUGUAAGCAUAUUCUGAAAAACGUUAACGCUUUAAUUAUUAUUUUUAAUAUAUAACAAAAGUAUAUAACCUACAAACGGUGCACAAAUACUGCCAUAAAACGGCAGAAUCAAACCAAAAUAUUCGUAGUGUUAUUAAACAUCUUCCAUCUUUUGUUCAUAUUAGUUUAGGUGUUAGUUAUUAUUGUGGAUGAAGUUAUAGAUAUAGCCGAGUUGUGUAGGACAGACCGAAAAGCGGAGAGCUAAUUUUCAAAAAGUCGCGGACUUUGAAAAAAUUCGUUGAGCUAUAUCAAGCCAAAUUAAAAAUUAAACGCAAACGCGUCUGUUUAGACACUUAUUAAUAUUAAAAUAUUAUUUUGUUUAAUAACUCGAUCUAAAAUCGACUAACGCUCAUAAAAUGAAUUGAUGAAAUGGCUAUAAGUUAAUUAAGUAUUAAUUAGAGGUAGUGCCUUUUCUAAAAGAGUGUGCAUGCAUUUGAUAAGCCCCUAUGUAAUGUACAAAAUUAAGACAUUGAAUUUGUUUUAGAUUUUAUUUUGCUUUUAUUAAAUGUUUAACCGUUGCAUUUCAUUUCGGACGAGUCAAAAAGGGUCGAUUCGUAAUGUUAGAUGAAUUAAAAUAUAGUUUUAUGUGUGUUAGAGAAUUUAUCAAAGUAUAAAAUUAAUGCGAAUUUGGAACUAACAGGGAACUGCCAUUUAAAUAGUGGGCUAUAAUCUAAACGUCCUACAUUAACAUGCUUGGUAAAUAAAAUCGUCGACAAUUUUGACGCAAAAUACGACAGUCAGAACCUAAUAGUUUAUUAUUAUAUUUUUGGCAAAAGUCUUGUAAUAGUUUUUGUUAAACUACUUAAAUAUUCUCCUGUAUCAUUCUAUCGGUUGGUUUGAAAGUUAUAAGAAGCGUUUGUUUAAAAUAAACCAAUUUUAAACCAAAUUAAAAUAAGUAAUGAAAGAUAAUCUUUCAUAAUAAUAUUGCAAUCUUAUGAGUAGAGCCGAAGCACCUAGAGUUAGACCUAGAAAAGUCUGCAGAAAUUUUGAUAGCCCACAUAGUGCAAGUGUUAUUUGUACGUCAUAAUUUCAUAGAAGUUUAACGUUUAAAAUAACACUUGCACUGCGUGGGCUAUCAAAAUCGCUGCAGACUUUUCUUGGUCUAACUCUAACAACUUUCGGACCAACCCUCGUAAAUUGGUUACCAGUUCAAAAUAUAAAAAGCUAUUUAUAUAUAUAAUAAGAGUUUACGAAUUCUAGAAAAUCGUUCCCAUUUAACAUUCACAGAUUAUAGCUGUUUGAAAAAAUGUGAUUUAGGCAUGUUUAUGUAAAAUAAAUGUGGAGUCAUGAAAACAAAAAUACUUUCCAUUCAGAAAUAUUCGCCCGCGAAGGUCAAUUUAUUUUACCUUAUUGUCUACAUAUAUUGGCCAUGUCGUUUUCUGUGCCAAAAUUGUUUUGUCAGUAGAUAAUUAAACCCCAUAAUAAAAUUGGCAGUUCUUUUCAACUCUAUAGGCACGCAAUCUCUUCCAAUUCGUUUAAAUUAUAAAAAUAAAAUUAGUACAAUCAAUAUCGCACUUAGCGUAAU